AUGGAGGCGGCGGCGGGCGCGGGCGCGGGCGCGGGCGCGGGCGGGGGCGGCGGCUCCGGGCCGCCGCUGCUGAGUGAGGGCGAGCAGCAGUGCUACUCCGAGCUCUUCGCGCGCUGCGCCGGCGCCGCAGGGGGGCCCCCGGAGGCCGCCAGGGCCGCCCCCGGCUUGGCCGCCGCCGCCGCCGGCCCGGUGGCCGACCUGUUCCGGGCGUCGCAGCUGCCCGCCGAGACGCUGCACCAGAUCACAGAACUGUGUGGUGCGAAGCGGGUUGGAUAUUUUGGUCCAACACAGUUUUACGUUGCCUUGAAAUUAAUUGCUGCAGCACAGUCUGGCCUCCCUGUGCGGUUAGAGAGUAUUAAAUGUGAAUUGCCGCUGCCUCGCUUUAUGAUGUCGAAGAAUGAUGGUGACAUACGCCUUGGGACCCCAGCUGAGCUGCAUGGAAGUAAGGUUCAGAUUCCAUACUUAGCCACAGAAAAAAAUACCUUCAAGAGAAUGGACGAUGAGGAUAAACAGGAAGCGCAGUCUCCUCCGAUGUCGCCGCUGGCCUCCCCUCCCGCUUCCCCGCCUCAUUACCAGAGGGUGCCCUUGAGCCAUGGCUACAGCAAGCUGCGGAGCAGCGCGGAGCAGAUGCAUCCAGCUCCUUAUGAAGCUAGACAGCCCCUUGUUCAGCCUGAGGGCCCCUCAUCUGUGGGCCCAGGAACCAAGCCCCCUCGGCAUCAGGCUUCCCUUCUCCGGUCCUUUUCAGUGGAGAGAGAACCACAAGAUAACACCAAUUACCCCGAAGAGCCCUGGAGGAUAACAGAAGAGCAGCGCGAGUACUAUGUCAAUCAGUUCCGAUCUCUGCAGCCAGACCCGAGUUCCUUCAUUUCAGGUUCUGUGGCUAAGAACUUCUUCACCAAAUCAAAGCUUUCCAUUCCAGAACUUUCCUAUAUAUGGGAACUGAGUGACGCUGACUGUGAUGGAGCUCUGACCCUGCCGGAGUUCUGUGCUGCGUUUCAUCUCAUCGUGGCCCGGAAGAACGGCUACCCGCUGCCAGAAAGCCUGCCCCCAACCCUGCAGCCAGACUACCUGCAAGCAGCCUUUCCUAAGCCCAAGUGGGAGUGUGCGUUAUUUGACUCUUAUUCUGAGUCAAUGCCAGCAAACCAACAAGGCCGUGACUUGAAUCGGAUGGAGAAGACAGCUAUUAAAGACAUGGCUGACUUUCCUGUCCCGACCCCAGAGAUGACUGAUGAUGAAAAACAAGUUUUGAAAAGUACUACAGAUGAAGCCUUACCAAAGGACAUAUCCAAGGAUUCAGCCACUCCCAAGGAUUCCAACAGUCUCAAAGGAAGACCACGAUCCAGAUCUUACUCUAGCACCUCUAUAGAAGAGGCCAUGAAAAGGGGCGAGGACCCUCCUACUCCGCCGCCGCGGCCACAGAAAACCCAUUCCAGAGCCUCCUCCUUGGAUCUGAAUAAAGUCUUCCAGCCCAGUGUGUCAGCUACUAAGUCAGGAUUGUUACCUCCACCACCUGCACUCCCUCCAAGACCUUGUCCAUCACAGUCUGAACAGGCCUCGGAGGCUGAGUUGCACCCCCAGCUGAACAGAGCCCCCUCCCAAGCCGCCGAAGGUAGUCCUGCAAAGAAGGACAUGCCGUAUUCUCAGCCUCCAUCAAAGCCCAUCCGUAGGAAAUUUCGAACUGAAAAUCAAGUUACAGAAAGCCAAGAACCUUCUGCCCCUGUCAGCGGGCCGACUCCUGUAGCAAAUGUGAAGCCUCAUCCAACCGUCCAGAAGCAGUCCUCCAAACAGAAGAAGGCCAUCCAGACGGCUAUCCGCAAAAACAAGGAGGCGAACGCGGUGCUGGCGCGGCUGAACAGUGAGCUCCAGCAGCAGCUCAAGGAGGUUCAUCAAGAACGGAUUGCAUUGGAAAACCAGUUGGAACAACUUCGUCCUGUCACCGUGUUGUGACCCCCGAGAUUCAAGUAACAGUGGGUGACCUUUUCUGCCAAGAUCUUUCCUUUGAAUGUUUCAACCCAACUACUUGUCAUAGAUGUCUGAUUGUGUCAAAAGCUGUGAGCAAUGGCAUAUAAUCCACAUCACCCUUUCUCUUGUACUUCACGUGUGCAUUUUAUUGUGGUGGAAAAGAAUACAGCUGAUUUUCACACUUGAAAUUGUAAUUAUCAGUGGAAUUUAUCUCCAAUUCUCAAGGUGUUAGAUGUUGCUCCUUACCAAAAAAUCAGUCUUCUAGUAAAUAAAAAUAAUUUAGAGCAUUAUUUAUUUAAAGACUUUAUAAUUUUUAGAAAACCUUAUAAUCCAGUACUUUCAGGAUGCUUGUUUUAUUUUUGUAUAUGUAUCCUAUAUAGUAGGUUGGUUUCCUGCAUAUUUGGAAUUCCUGCCAGAUAGUCUUUGGCAUGAUGAUAAUAAAAACUAAAGCUAAAAUAAAACAAAAGCAUCAGAUUCAGACUGGCACUGUGUCCUCCCACCCCUAUAUGCCAAAAAUUGCUUCUCCAGUGCCAUUUUGAUACUCAGUCUAGCUAUAAAUAAUACAUGGCUAUUGUUUUCUAUGGAAUGUCAAAGACUUAUUGGGUCUUUCCACCUCUGUAAAGUGGACAUUUUGCCAAUGAUCUGUUUAACUUAGCCAGACUAGGCCAUCGAGUCAGACAACUCAGUGCUUUCACAUAAGCUUUUGGGUAAGCCCAUUUCGCUUUAACUGCCUCGCCCAGUCAGAGUAAGGACAUAGUUGUCGGGUCUCUACUCUUACCCUGCAUGGGACAGCAUAUCUGUAAAUGCAUGAGUCUGGGAACCACCAUCAAAUAGGAAAGGCUGAUGAGACUGUUUGGACCAAUAAAUAUUUGUUGUCUGAACCCAUGUAUUCAAACAGGGAAAGAGGGGGAAAUGAUGGUUACCACCAAUUUAACAAUCUUAGGUAAUUAUUGUUGUCUUUGUUAUUUUAACGUGGAUUGUGAGGAUGAGUAUAUUGGGUGUGAAGAAAUAACAGUUUGUUCUCUGUGAAGUGUAUCCUUGGGGAGCCGUUGGCUCGUGGGCUGUCCAGAGGAGCCCAACCGACUCCGGUGUAAAUGUUGUAAAACAAAAGCUCCAAUCACAGACAUGGUGCCCUGCAGCAGUGCAGAGAGCUGCUGCUUCUGCACGAGCCCACGCUGAGCCAGGACUCAGCGCCCCUCGCAGGGACGCGCACAGCAGCUUCACCGGCACUGUGACAUGUGACACAUGCAGGAAGCGCUGUCUCUUGUGCGUUUUGCUCACUUAUGCAUGUUUAGGGUAGCAGGUGGGUGUGCCAAGGCUCCUUUUUCAAGUGGCUUAGGACAGGCUUGCAAUAUGGAGGAUUGAGCCUUGAUUUCAGUCGAGUGGAGAGCUUUUAGAAAAAGUAGGCGUUUAUUUAAUGCUUUCACGUCAAUCUUCUAAUGGCAGAAGGGGAGGACUCAAACAGAUGAUGUUUUUCCAAGGAAAAACAAAUUGUUGACUCUAUUCUGUGCAUAUUAAAGGAUUUUGAGGGAUUGAUUUUGAAAAUCAGAAAACUUGGAUUUCCUUCCCUUUAAGCAUUUUUUUCCCCCCAGGCUCUGGGGGAAGGGUUUUGGAUAAGUGCAAGCCCUUCCCAAGAUCAGGAAUAGAUCCGUGCAAAUUUUUUAAAGUAACCUCUUUUCCCACGUGCUGAGAUCAGGGGCUGCAACAGUGUGCAGCAGUGUCCUCGUGGCAGGCAUUUCACGGCGUUUGCCUUCUGGGACAGUCAGUCCAGACACGGCUGGCGUAUGCGCUUUAUCUUGUUCUCUAAUGCGUAUGUGCUCGCUCGGGAUAGCACUUCACAUCCAUUCAGCAGACAUAGGCACUAAGGAAUGUUAGUCUGUAUUGUGCAUGAGAACUUUUGACAUGUUUUCCCCCCAUCAAGCCAAUGCCAGAGAGAGCCAAAUGAGGAGGUUGGGGUUUUGUUCCAUCAGCUUGAAAACCAAGCUAAUGGUUUUCGAUGAAGACCAUUGAAGGGAAAAAUUUGCAUUGGACAAUGAAAGUCCUAUGAGUUGCAUAGUCUCACCAAUAAUUUCAGAUAGGCAUUGCAUUAAAGCACACACCGGGAAUACCUGUACUCAACCUUCUUGAUGGCACUUAAUAGUAGCUACCGUUUAUUAGUUGCUUAGAAGAUUUUUAGAAGACAUUCAAAUACAUAGGCACAUACACCUAUCCUUAUAGCUUUAUCACCUAACUCGUGGUCAUCCUCUGUUUCUCUUGUCUUAGAGUGUGCAUUUGGAAUUUAGGAUUAUCACUCCUGAUAAUCGGUCUGUGAGUCUUUUAUGUGAUUUAUGGGAUGGCUGGAUUUUUGAAAUCACUAUUAUACCUCUUCUGUAAAUCAACCAUGACGGUUCAAUGACCUUGUUAUUUAAGUGUCUUCCCCCACAGGGGUCCUGUAGUCCCAAGGAAGAAAACGCAGUCAGAGCUGUUAGUGGACUGAGUGUUUCCUGUAUAGUGUUUCCUGUAUAGCUGUGUCGCUUUUGUAGUACCCCUAUCCUGCAGGACCAAGAGGUAGGCCAUCUGGAAUGGAGGUGCAUGAUGUCAUCAAGGCAGGUAUUGGCAUUAGUUAGAAGGAUCUAACUGCUUUAUCAAAAUAUUAGAAAUGUGCUUUGGGCCUAAAUGGGAGAGGAAGCAGCUUAACUGGAAGCUAUGUCCAUUUUGCUUUCACUGGAAAAUGGAGUGCCAGGCUGGGGACCUGCACCUAUCUCCUGCGGGUUGCACAUGUGCCCUAAGAAGCCACAGGUCUGGUCCACGAAUGCAGAGAGAGAGAGAGAGAUGUAGCUAGUGGCAGAACUGGGAUGUCAGCCCGAUUCUAAGUUAAGUCUUUUAGCCCCUAGCAGUACUGAAAAUUGUUUAGAAGGGUUUCUUCUGUUUACCAUAUUGAAUUCUGUUGACUUAGUCAGCUUUAAAAUAUGAAAACAUGUUUUUAAUGAGUUUUAGGUAUUUCUCUUGGACUGAAACAAAAAAUAAAAUCUGAAGGGAAAGAAUAUGAUUAAGCUAUUUGUUCUUCUGAACACCUCACCUUUCAUGAUGCAAUAUAUUACCCUGAGUUUGUUGGCAGAACUUUUGACAGCUGUUGCUUUGAAUGGAUUCCAUUCCUGUAUUCCUGAUGGGAGUUUGUUUUUAAAAUAGACUACUGUGAUCGAAAUGAACUCAAUGUGUAGUAAGUCAUAGUUUUCUUCAAUAUAUCUUUGGUUACUUGGAUCACAGAUUGUUCAAUUUCAGCAUAUUUUAGGGUGAGUAAUCAGAAACAUGAAUUUUCCUUUGAUAUCCUACCAAUGUCUGAACUAUCAUAAAGCAUUGUUCUAUUCAUAUGUGACUUGAUUCUAUAGCCUGUUUCUUAAAUGAUCUCACAACCGAGGUAAUCAUAGAUGUGUAGAAGAUCAAUAAGGGGAGAAUGAAAAAUGGACGUGUUUCUUGCAGUUAAGAUGCUCAUUGCCAAUGUCGUCUUCUAAGCCCAGCAGGACCUCCAUCGCAGUGUAGCGCCUCGGUGCUGAAAGCAUUCUUUCCACACACGCUGGAGUCACACCUCCUGACUAGGUAUCACCAAGGGACUGUGAUUUCUUAAAUAUAAGAAAAAAGAAUUUGAAAUGUCAUAGCACCCAGAUCUUCCCAUGUUGACAAGGAGGAUUCUGUAGGCUGUGGUUUAAACAUUGUGAAUAGGGACAAAAUGAGUUAUCACUUGAAAGGCCGUUUUCUCUUCUAGUUAAACGGAACACUAGUAGCUUUGGUUUCUCUUUCCAACUGGUUUACUCUGUUUUGAGUGAACUUUUUUAAAACUCUGAUUUCAAAAGGAACACUUGAAUUUAUUUUGAGUUAUGGGUAUUUCAAUUUUUUUUUUUUUGCUUCAUGACUCAGUGGGGCCCAAUUCCCAGUAAAGAUUGAGGAUUUGGGUUUUGGAUUCUGGGUUGGCAUACCUUGCUGCUCCUUCGGCAUAGGCUAAGGAAGACUGCCCAGCCGUGCCAAUGCAGCAGUCAUUCAUGGCAAUUGGAAUGUGAGUCUUACCUGUGAGCCACCCUGCUUGCUUCUUUGUGAGAAGUGCAUCCAGGAAGACCCUCCCAAGAGCAACUCAGAACAGCAGGCAUGGAGGACCAGGCUUUUCAAAGCAAGCGCAACAUAAGAGCUGCUUCCCUUCCCCAAAUAGGCUUUCAGAGACUGCCUUCCAAGUGCCCCCCGAAAUGGCCCAUCCACAAGUGGAAGCCGCUUGUCCCAGGCACACCAUUGCUUCUAGGUGUGUGUAUAGUUACUUCCUACGUUGACUAACAAAUGAUGAUAAAGGAACAUUUUCUACAAUGGCAUUGUAGGAUUUUGAUUAAAAGAACUUGUUCUAGUUACAGAAACCUUGCUCUGCUCUCAACAGUUGGAGAAUAUUUAUUUUUUGUGUUUUGUGAGUUCUCUUGUUCUAAGCUAAAUUCAUGGCCAUGGGAGGUUGGGGAAAGUGGGUUUGUACCUGAAGACCGAAGGAUGCUGAACUUAUAGGGAAACUUAAAACCUGAAAGCACUCUGCGGACAAGACUAGAUCCUAACACUCCUUCAGUUAGCAGGAUGGAAAAGUGGGUGUGAUAGCCCCAUCAGGUGGAGGUUGGUUCAACUGAGCUGUGUUGUAUUGUGUUGUUUUGUUUGAAGGUGUCUUGUGUGAGAGCUUCCAUUGCGUCCACCUCGGGAGCUGACUCUACCCUUUCUUUAGCACCAUUGCUUUUGUCUUCAGCACAAAUAAGAUGUUCAAGUGAGCCAGGGGCAGGAAGAGCCAUUUUCACCUUUGUAGCUAUGGGCCAGGACAGAUAAUGAGCUGAUGGUCUAUUUUAACCUUGAAAGUAAAAAAUGUAUAUUUUUUCACUACAGGUACAAUGAACAGUAAAAUGAGUAAUGGCAAAGUAUAUAUUUGAUGCCUACUAUCUUUUCAUGAUAAUGUGCUAACAAGUUGUGUUAAUAUUUUACUCAGUCUCAUUUGUUUGCUAAGCACUGGGAACAUUAUGUAUACUGGUCUUAAACAUAAAUACAGGGUUUCCUAUAUUUCGAUUGUGACUUGUAGACUCAAGCUAACCUUACUGCCUCUUUUCACACUUGUUGGUAACUCUGUGAAGAACAUAGUAGGCUAAGAAUCGCCAACUUUGGAAAAUGUAUAUGAUGUGAACUGGGGUGCUAUGUUAAAAAUAAAUGUAUGAUAACGAAGUGUGGCUUUUAUGGAGUC